CUACGGUUACAACUAAGAAUUAACUGAAGAGAAUUCUCAAAACACUCCAUCAACGCCGAUCCUAAACCAAUGGUCGAAGGCCGGCCCAUGUCACAUUUCUGGUGAUUGAAAAAUAGACGUAGAAUAUAUUUGAUACAAAUCUGAUAGUUUGAGGACUUAAGAAAACACUUAUUAUAGUUCAGGGUAUUUUUGAUAAAACAUGUAUAGCUCAAGAUUUAAUAUGAUAUUUUUACCUUUUUUUAAAAAGCUAAAAAAAACCAUGAAAACUCUCUUAAUUUCGAAAGUUGUAACUCGAAUUAUUAGUUUUGAAUUCAUCAUCACAUAAGUUUGAAAUUUAUUUGAUUGUAUAGGGAGAAGCUUGACUAUAAGAAAAUGAAGAGUAUUUGAGUGUUUUGAAAUUUUCGGAUAACCACUCAUUUUAACAGGUGCGCUUUCAAAACCUUAUCCUCCCACCACCUGCCGCCGUUGCCAACUCCUCCCGCUUCACACCUUCUACCACCAUCACCACCACCACCACCACCACAAUCAUAUUUCAAUGGCGGCUUAUGGUGCAGCCACAUCUCUCAAGAAUACGAUUCAGCGUAUUCUACAAUCGUCUCGCAUUUCUCUCGUUUCCCACUCUCCACAAAUCUUACAACCUGCCUACGACCAGAUGGAUCGAUUGCAGAAAGUUCUACUCGAAUUGGAUGAGACCAGCUGCAGCAAGAUCAGGACGGAGGUGAAUGCUUUGGAUGAACUCAUAAAAGAGGCAGUUUGGGAAUUCGAAGAUUUACUCGAAUCCCAAAUCUUACCUCAGAUUCUUCCACAGCUCGAAAGCGAGAGAGAUCACUUGUCGUUCUGUGUAGAUCUGCAGAGUCUGCAACACCAUGUUGAUUGCUUCGUCGAGAUGGUGAAGAUGAUGGAGGAAGAGUACAUCAUUGAAGUAAAGAAUAUGGCUGAAGUAGAAGGCGAGCCUAUUUCCUCAAGAAUUGAUUUUGGUGGAAUCAACUCAAAGAUGGUUGGAUUAUCUUAUGAAUUUCAAAAGGCCAGAGAUUAUCUUCUUGAAGAAAAUAACAAUCUACCCUAUUCUAUUAUUGGGAUGGCGGGCGUUGGAAAGACAACUAUUGCUAAGCAUAUUUUUGAAGAUCCAUCAAUUCAGAGUCAUUUUGAGUUUCGAGCAUGGGUCAGAGUGGGCAGAAAAUGCGAAUUUGAUGAACUAUUACUAAGCGUUCUAGCACAAGUGGAUCCCAAUGCUUACGAAAUGCUUACCCAAGGAGACGAUGACGAUGAGGAAUUAGUUGGACUAUUGAAAGAAAGAUUGAAGGGAAAGAAAUGUCUCAUCGUGUUGGAUGAUGUUUGGGAGACACAAGCAAUAAGUCGCAUGAUAAAUUGCUUGAAAGAAGGGAAUAUUCGUGGAGGGAUUCAAUACUUAGUUACAAGUAGACAAUGGACAUUCCCGCAGCAUGAGAGAAUAAGAGUGAGCUUGUUGGAUGAAGAAGAAAGUAAGAAAUUACUUGGUGAGAAGGUGUUCGGUGAAGACGGUUUCCCUCUCCAACUUGAUAAACUGGGAGAGAAAAUUGCUUGGAAAUGUGAAGGUCUUCCUCUUAUGAUAGUCACAGUCGCAGAGCUCCUAUCAAAAGCCGACAAGACCCCCGAAUACUGGACUGAGGUACUCAAACAACAUAGUUCGGUCUUCGUGAAAGCAUAUAAUCAAAUAUCAGAGGUACUUUUUCCAAGUUAUGACUACUUGCCCCAACAUUUAAAAAUGUUUUUACUCUAUAUGGGAGCUUUCCCUCCAUAUGCUGAUCAGAGUUCAGUCUUUAUCAAUUCUAUGUUGAGUGUUGAGGGUUUUCUUGAACUGGAUGUUGGAAAAAGUUAUGAAGAUUUCUGGGAUAAGCUUUCUAACUCGUAUCAUCUUGUUCUCGACACAGAAAAUUUGUGGUAUUUCAAUAGUCGCUAUCGCGUGCAUUCUUGUUGGCAGCACUUAUGUAAGGUAGAAGCUAGUAGGAUCAAGUUUUUACAUGUCUUACGAGGUUGCGAUGAUGUUAUAAAAGACCAGCGCCGCUUGUGUGCCCAUUGGAACAGUCUAUUCUGCUUCAAACAAGUGUAUGAUUUGAUAAAAAGUGAUUGUGCAUCCACUACCCGUUCUCUCCUUUGUUUUGGUCUUUAUCACCGAUAUCCAAUCCCAAUACAUGCCAUGGGUUUCAAGUUGCUCAGGGUACUAUAUGCUCUUGGAAUUCGAUUUUACUAUAUCCCAAUUGAAAUUUUGAAACUUGUUUGUCUGCGGUAUCUUGGCCUAAAUUUCAACGGGGAGCUCCCUCCUUCCAUAUCCAACCUUUUUCACCUUCAAUUCUUGGUUAUCGAUCCACAUAUGUACAUUAAAAAGCGUGGAGUUCAGUCUUAUAUGCCUGUUCAAAUUUGGGACAUGCAAGAACUAGAGCGUAUUGGUGUCUGGGGAAGGGACCUACCAACCCCUAAUACUGAUGGUGCUACCUUGAACAAACUCAAGACACUUUCUGGUGUGAGUGCAAACAGUUGUACAAGGGAAGUUCUCAAAAGAAUUCCUAAUUUAAAGGAAUUAGGAAUUGAAGUGGAGUUGAAGCCUUAUGAUGAUGAUGAUGAUGAAAGAAACCCAUUGAGUUGCUUGGGUUAUAUCUCCCAACUCCAGAAUUUGGAGAAACUUCAUUAUCGGGUAAAGAAUCCCGUGAUAAAGUAUGAGUGUAAUACGAUUCCUCUUUCAAUGUUUCCAUCAAGUCUCAAGGCGUUAUGGUUGUCUGGAUUAGGGGGGUAUUCUUGGAAUUACAUGAAUGACAUUGGUUCGCUGCUGCCAAAUCUCGAGAUUCUCAUAUUACAAUGCUAUGCAUUUCGAGGCCUAGAGUGGGACAUAACACCAGGGACUUUUUUGAAACUUAUUGAACUUCAAAUUCAAGACACCGAUUUGGUGCGAUGGAGACCUCAACGUGGAAGCUUCCCGAACCUUCGUAGACUAAGCAUGAGUCAUUGCUACAAAUUACAACAGCUCGAUUGGCCGUAUGACCACUCUUGGAUAGAGAUCAUUCAUUUACGCAACUGCAAUCCUUUAGCCGUCGCUUGUGCCAAGGAAUUAAAAGACAAGUUUUCCUUUCGACUUUUCGUCAAAUCUUCUUUUUGAGGUCAAGUGAGUCUGCGACUUGCCUAACAGGCAAAUGAAAGAGCCGAUCGAAGGAUUUUGUCGAUGGUUAUGAAAACCUGAGUGCUGGAUUGUGUUUGUAACCAAAAUUGUUUGAAAGUUGGAUUAGUGUGAAAACAUUAGUCCCUUGUUCAAGGAUUUAUGUGAAAACAUGUUUUACAAGUGAAGGGUACGUCGUCGUGUUGCAGUUCAGGCUAACUUAUGUUGCUUCUGAAUCGAGAGUUGCUUCCCCUGCCGCAGGUGAGUCUCUGCUGUCUGCGUUGGUUUUUUUAAUUUAAGAAUUACUGCUUCAUGUCUACUAAAAUCGACUCAUCUUUAUAAUGCAUAACCUAUAAAUGAAUCGAGUAACUUGAAAGUAUUGGGCUCGUAUUGCUACUCGUUGCCUUCUUUGCGUUGUAGGUAUGAAUCGCCUUACUGGUGUGGAAUUGCAGCUAGAUGGAUCCAACUCGCGUGGAGACGCAGAAAGAAGCAAACGAAUCGAGCUGAGUCAAGUCGAGUAGAUUCCUCAAGCUCACCGUCAUCUCGGACUAGAAGCUGGCGCAGAUAGACUCGUUGGAGUAACGGAUUCUAGCCAACUGAAAGGAUCUUCGAUGCACGAUCUCCUUCCUCGUUGGAUAGCGUGUUUGUGCUCGUAAAAUGAGGUUCAUCUCUUCCACUCUACAGAAGCCAUUGUGUAGAUGUUGCUAACUCAUAUGAAGUGCUCUUGACUUGAGCUCGAGUUGUAGACAUCAAGAUUUGAUGUUAAUUUUAUUGGACAUAAAUAUUUGUUUCUUUAAGUAGUGGUAAUAAUAUAUGUUCUAUUUUAAGUCA